AUGGGUAAAAAGAAAGCAGCUUCGCGAUCGCAAAAACAAGAACACCAAUACCAGAAGCCUGUACCACCCAGUGGCCCACUGAUUAAUCGUAUACCCUCACAAACUACCGGCGAUGAUGACAACAUACCCGAAGAUGAAAAGCUUCGCAUCUUGAGCCAGACGGGCUUGAUGCAACAAGUCAAAAAACGCGAAGCCGAAAUAGCAGCGGGACAAGCAGCAAGCCAGAUGAACACGUCAGUAUAUGUUUGGCAAGCUCUGUUCAUGAGCAUUCCAUUUGGGUUCUUGCUCGGUGCCUUUGAUGUCACUGUCAGAGUGCAAUACAGCGAACCUUGGAGCCAUCAAGAAUGGGCUAUACGCGCAUUGAAAUCAGUACCAGCUCUUUUCCCACUUAUCUAUUUGACGAAUCGACACAGACAAAAAAAGCUUGUCCAGUCCAUCAUGGCAGUUGGAUCGGCGUUGGUGGGAGCGUUUCUGUUGUAUACCCUUCGACGGACACCUUCGCUUGGUCAAAUGUCGAGAGCACCCGGGUUGGCCACGAUAUGGAUUUACUUUGUAGUUCAGUUGGAUCUGUUACCAGCUGUAGCGACUCUUGCACUAGUUGGGUUUUAUUGGUACUUUGGAUUAAAAACAGACUGA